AGACGUGAGCACGAAGCUAAUAAGUCAGUCUUAUUAUUUGUUCUCCAGUUUGAAAUAUUUACGUCGUAUAAAAUACAUCUUUGAUUCUUUAUUCAAGGACAAAGUCGUCUCGAUGCGCUAGAAGCACUGUGCCGCUUCUCCUGCUAUCUUUGCUUGUUAGUUAGUUUAGCUCGCUAGUUAGCUUAGCUUGUUAGCUGCUAACAGAAGUUAUCAACACAUCGCUAAGUAGAGAUCAAGAGUGAGAGUAAAGUGUUGUGAUUGUGUGAAAAUGUCUACAUUACACAUGUUGAGAGCGUUGGUGGAUCAGCGACUAACUGCUGCCGUUGAAGAAAUAUUUGUAGUGUUAGAAAGAACGAUAGCAGAAUACGAGGCGGAACUUUCUAGAACAAAAGAAGAGAAUAAUCAACUACUGGACGCUGUUUUCAAGAAACAUCAAGUUGUGUUACACAGAACAGACGUCGAAGAAGAACAUCUUCCUCAUGAGCAGGAAGAAGAGCCACAGCCCCACCACAUUAAAGAGGAAGAAGAGGUACCACAGACCCAUAGUGUUAAACUGACCCUUCACAUUAAAGGUCAAGCGGCGGACCCACUGAUCUUACACAGCAAAAAUGAAGAGGAGGACCCACUGACCCCUCACUUUAAGGAGCAAGAGAACCCGCUGACCCCUCACAUUAAAGAGGAAAAGGAGGACCCACUGAACCCCUACUUUAAAGAGGAAGAGGAGGACCAAGAGCCGCUGCACAUUAAAGAGGAAGAGGAGGAACACAGCAUCAGUCAGCCUAAAUGGUUGGCGGAGUUCCCAGUGACUGGUGUCCCUGUGAAGAGUGAAGAUGAUGAGGUCAAAGGUGAAAGUGAGGAGAAGAGCAGCAGCUCAACACAACACAUGACAACAGAAGCUGAUGGAGACCACUGUGGAGGAUCACAAGCAGACAAGCUCUUAGCUCCACUAUCAGAUAGUGAGGACACAACGUCACACUCUCCUGACACUGAUGAUGAAGACUCUAAAGAUGAUAAGACAAACACUCACUUCAAAUGUUCUCACUGUGACAAAACCUUUAGUUACCAUUGUCGUCUGAAAACACACAUGAGAACACACACUGGAGUUAAAUCUUUUUCCUGCUCAGUGUGUGGAACACGUUUUGUACACAAGGAAAACAUGAAAAGACACAUGAGAACACACACUGGAGAGAAACCUUUUUCUUGUUCAAUCUGUGGCUUAUCUUUUACAAGGAAGGAACACAUGAAAGAUCACACAAGAACACACAAACGAGAAAAACCUUUUUCCUGCUCAAUCUGUGGUUUAUCUUUUACAAGGAAGGGAAACAUAAAAGAGCACACGAGAAUACACACCGGAGAAAAACCUUUUUCUUGUUCAAUCUGUGGCUUAUCUUUUGCAUGGAAGGCCAGUUUGAAAGAUCACACAAGAACACACACUGGAGAAAAAACGUUUUCCUGUUCUGUUUGUGAUUCAAGUGUUGCACGGAGUCGAGAUCUGAAAAGACACAUGAGAACACACACUGGGAGAAAAGUGUUGAGUUGCAGUGUGUGUGAUGAAAGAUUCUCUCAUGAGGACCAACUCAACAAACACAAGUGUGCUGGUGAGAGCAGCAGCAGUAAAAUAGAAACCGCAGACCUCCACCAGGCCUAAUUUCCCAGUAGUAAAGAAUCCUUCAAAAGAAGGCUGAAUCCAAAUGAUGAUCAGGAUCAUACUUGCCAACCUUGAGA